ACAAUUACGAAAAGUAAACACCGAUUAUGAGCAGCAAAACGCCAGCCUGACGAAGCACAUUGACAACAUGAAGUCGGCGAUAACAAAAUUGGAAACGGAAAUCAUGCAACAAGAAAAAACGAAUUCUUCUCUGCAGCAACAUCUGGAUCAUCUGAGAACGACGUUAUCAACUGGAUUUGAAGGAGUAAAACUGCCAGGUAUCAAGGAUGCUGCAACUAUGCAAAACAUUGAUGUGUAUAUGGCAAAUCUACAUUCAAUGCUACUAGAAAAUCGAAGCCAAGAUACCAAACUGUUGCAAACAGUUCGUGACGUUGUGGCAAAACUGGAAUUUAAUGGAUGACCAAAAGUUAAAUCUACAUAUAAUUCAAGAAUUUCAAAGAGGAAAAGAAAAGCAAAAAAAUCGUUUUGAUAAGUAUUCCCUUGUAAUUUGAACUAUUUGAUUAAAGUGAGUUUUCUAGAAUUAAUGUGAUGAAUUAAUUGUGUAUUCGAAGAAUAAAUGUAGAAACUAAA